CUUGCCCAAUUCUACCAUGCUGAUGAAGAGCUGAGGCAGGUGGCUAUCAAGCUCAACAGCCUGGAUGGCAAAAACAAGCCCAAGCGCUGUGCCCUGUUGGUCAGUCAGUUCCGUUCCUGCCAGGACAAUGUGCUGAAUAUCCUCAAUCAGAUAAUGAAUGAAUGUAUCCCAGACGAGAGGGCCAACAGAGACUUCUAUGUCAAAUUCCCAGAGGAGAUCCAACUGGUGAACUUGGAAGGCCAGCUGUGGUUUGGAGCUGAGUGUUUGGCUGCUGGCUCCAUCAUCAUGAACCAGGAGUCUGAGAGUGAGGCUAUGCGUCCUCUAGCAAAGGACCUGACACGCUGCAUAGAGGAAGUACGGAACAUUGCCCGUGACCAGGCUCUUUGCAAUCGGAACGCCUAUACAGAGCAUUUCCGCCAAGCCUUGAGAAAGUUUGACAAUCUUUUUGCUGAUUUUGAGUUCAGCUACGUUUCAGCCAUGGUACCAGUGAAAUCAUUGAAAGAAUAUGAUAUCCAGCAAAAUGUCAUUGUGUUGUUCUGUGAGACAGUGUCCAGGGCACUAAAACAGCAAUAUAUCACUCAAGACAUGAUUGAUGACUAUGAGCCUGCACUCAUGUUUACAAUCCCACGAUUAGCCAUAGUCAGUGGUCUAAUUGUUUUCCCUGAUGGACCCAUGAGGCUAGAUGGUGAGAUGCAGGACAUGUCUGAGCUAUUCAGGCCCUUCCACUCAUUACUGAAGAAAAUCAGAAAUCUCCUGCUGACGCUCAAGGAAGAAGAGCUUUAUCUUUUGGAACGGAACCUCUGUGACAAUCAGAACGAGGGUUUUGUUGCCCGACGGCGCACUUCAGCCAUAUUGCAUUCGGCCAUUACUCAACAACUGGAGCAUGGCAUGCAUGCAAAUCAUGUGGCAAAAUCCAAGCCAUGUCUCCCUCAUCGGGCAAGUGUGUUGUUGGAAAAGCACAAAAAAGGCGAAAAUGCAUCCCUACUGCACGUUGAACCUGGCUGUUUAGAACUGGAACAAGAGGUUAAGAUGUCAUCCUCCAGGCAGUCCGAUAUCAGGGAGAUAGAGCAGCUCAGUAUGAUGUUCUACCAAGCAGGAAAUGAGAUGUCCAGCUUUCUGUCCCCAGCAUCUAGCCAGACUUCAUCUCCUUGCCCUCAGAGGCGGGGUUCUGCCAGCCUCAGUCCCAGCCCCAUGGCCUCUCCUCUCAGGCAUUGUAGGCCUCAGAACAGACUGUCAUCUGGUUGGUCCGGUGUGUGUUCAAGUGUUGAUGAAAAGGAGUGCUUCUUCCAUAUAGAUGACCUGGACAGAACACAGGAGAGAAGCUCUUCAUACGAAAACUCCGCACAUCCAAAGAUGCCCUGCCCCUACUCAAAACAGAGCAGCUUGUCCAGGAAGUGUGUGGAGGCAAACCUCCAACGCAGCAAGAACUGGCCAUGCCGUAGUAAGCUUUCAACCCCAGGGGCUCUCUUGAGCCACAAUGUGACUCAGGAUAUGUUAGAGACGGCAGACAUUAUGAUAGGCAUACAAGUCUCCAAUCCCCAAUCUCCCAAACUGUCUACCUGGACCGAGAAAGUGGAGGAGGAGGUGAAAGAGGAAAAAGAUGAUGACAGUGGGGAUUCAGAUCUGCAGUCUCUGAAUGACAUUGCCACAUUCUGCAAGCUCAGCCCGUGUAUCUGCUUUCAGUGCCCGAGUGCAUCUCCAUUUGAACCUGAUAAUACCCAUAGCUGCCUGACUCCCCAAAGCCAAGUGCCAGCUCAGGAUACAUGCCGGCACUGUUCUCCUCCCAUAUCUGUCAUUGGAGGUCUGGCUGAGAAGGCUUUCAGCCCCAGGGAACAAGGGAAGGAGAGGGGCCAUGUGCUGUGCCCUCAGAACUCUUCACUAUGGGCCAGAGGUGAACAGAGUGAGGGUGUUCCAUUAUCUGUUACUAACCACCCCAUGCCUGUAAGGAGAAUCAGUGGAGAUGGGGAGGCUGAACACAGAGUUGUAAAGACAGAUUCAGAGUACACCCUGUCUCAUUCCAGCUAUCUAAUCAACAGCAAUAACAUGGAGUUAAUCAAUCAUCCUGACAUCCAGUUGGCCUGCCACAACAUCCGAUCCCGUUUCAAUAGCAGCGGUGACCUCCUUCAUCGUCUUUUUGUGUGCAUCUCGGGUGUUGCAGACCAGCUGCAAAGCAACUACUCCAGUGAACUCCGAACCAUACUGAAGAAGUUGUUUGAGAUAAUGACAACUAAGACAGUCCUUGUAAAAGAAGACAAGCAGAGGAAAGCAUCUGUAGGCCUAAAUGACAUGGCUAUAGAGGAUUGUGCCUUGUGUAUGGAAUGGCUGUCUUCCUCCCUACCAAUGGAGCAAGAUGUCCAGUGUGAAGAGCUCCCAGCCUGGGUUCCUGAUGAAGCCUGCAGCUUCUGCACAGCCUGUAAUGCCCCCUUCACUAUAAUACGUAAGAAGCAUCACUGCAGGAGCUGUGGCAAGAUCUUCUGUUCUCGCUGUUCUCCCCGCUCUGUUCCUCUACCACGUUAUGGCCAGGUCAAGGCUGUGAGGGUGUGCACCCACUGCUACAUGUUCCAUGUCACGCCAUUCUAUCCAAGGAACGGCAACUGACUAAAUGCUGGGGCAUAUUAUUCUGUCAA